AUGGACCUGGGCGCCGCCGCCGCGCUGUGCCUUUGGCUGCUGAGCGCCUGCCGCCCCCGCGACGGGCUGGAAGCGGCCGCUGUGCUGCGAGCGGCGGGGGCAGGGCCGGCCUGGAGCUCGGGGGGCGGCGGCGGCGGCGGGAGGACGCUCGCCCCGGCUGCGGGCGCCUCGGCUGUCCCGGCCGCCGCGGUGUCCGGGGCCCGCGCUGGGCGCCGCGCCGCCGGCUCCGGCUUCAGGAACGGCUCGGUGGUGCCGCACCACUUCAUGAUGUCGCUUUACCGGAGCCUGGCCGGGAGGGCUCCGGCCGGGGCAGCCGCCACCUCCGCCUUCGGCCACGGCCGCGCGGACACAGUCACCGGCUUCGUGGACCAGGCGACUCAAGACGAACCUGCCGCCGAGACCGGCCAGAGCUUCCUGUUCGACGUGUCCAGCCUUCCCGACGCUGACGAGGUGGUGGGCGCCGAGCUGCGCGUGCUGCGCCGCGAGUCUCCGGAGCCGGGCCGUGGUGGCGCGAGUCCCGCGCCGCUGCUGCUGCUGUCCGCGUGCCCGGGCGCCGCCCGCGCGCCGCGCCUGCUGCACUCGCGGGCCGCCGAGCCCCUGGACGGCGCGCGCUGGGAGGUGUUCGACGUGGCCGACGCCGUGCGGCGCCACCGCCGGGAGCCGCGCGCCACCCGCGCGUUCUGCCUCCUGCUGCGCGCCGUGGCCGGCCAGGCGCGGAGCCCGCUGGCUCUGCGGACGCUGGGCUUCGGCUGGCGGGGAGCAGGGGGCGCGGCGGCGGAGGAGCGCGCGCUGCUCGUCGUCUCCUCCCGCACGCAGAGGAGGGAGAGCCUGUUCCGGGACAUCCGCGCCCAGGCCCGCGCGCUCGGGGCCGCUCUAGCUGUGGAGCCGCCGCCCGACCCGGGACCCGGCACCGGGUCGCCGAAGGCACCCAUCGGUGGCCGUAGGCGGCGGCGGACGGCGCUGGCCGGGACGCGGGCGGCUCAGGGCAGCGGCGGGGGCGCGGGCCGGGGCCAGGGGCGCAGAGGCAGGAGCCGCUGUAGCCGCAAACCGCUGCACGUGGACUUCAAGGAGCUGGGCUGGGACGACUGGGUCAUCGCGCCGCUGGACUACGAGGCGUACCACUGCGAGGGCGUUUGCGACUUCCCGCUGCGCUCGCACCUCGAGCCCACCAACCACGCCAUCAUUCAGACGCUGCUCAACUCCAUGGCGCCCGACGCGGCGCCGGCCUCCUGCUGCGUGCCCGCGCGCCUCAGCCCCAUCAGCAUCCUCUACAUAGACGCCGCCAACAACGUGGUCUACAAGCAGUACGAGGACAUGGUGGUGGAGGCGUGCGGCUGCAGGUAG